AUGGCCGCCACUGCUGGGAAUCUUCUCAUAAUUUCUCUGGUCUCCAGUACUCGGCUUCUUCUUAAUUCUCCCAUGUACUUCUUCCUAAGUCACCUGGCUGUAAUUGAUAUCACAAUAACCAUAACCGUCAGCUCAACAAUGCUACCUGCAAUAUGGGAUCAAAGCACUUUAGUGAGCAUUGUUGGUUGCCUCUGCCAGUUCUUUGUGUUUGCCUCCUGCACUUCGAUAGAAUGUUUUCUGCUCACAGUGAUGUCCUACGACAGAUACUUGGCCAUUUGCAGGCCGCUACAUUAUGCAACCAUUAUGAAUUUUACCCUUUGCUGUCAGCUGGCCACUUGCUCUUGGGUUUUGGGCUUCAUUGUAACACUAAUAAUUGUUGUUAUGGUAAACAAUUUAAUAUUGUGUGGCCCAAAUAUAAUUGACCAUAUCUUUUGUGACCUUGAUCCUCUUCUGAAACUGUCAUGCUCUGAUACCACCGUGGUUCAAAUGACCCUCAUUUCUUUAGGUGUCCCUGAAACUGUUAUGGAACCUGCAUUUAUUAUAACAACCUAUGUCUGUAUAUUUCUCACUAUACUUAGGAUCCCAUCAUUAACUGGUAGAGAGAAAGCCUUCUCCACUUGUAGCUCCCACUUAACUGUAGUGUGCACAUAUUAUGGGACUCUCAUUGCCAUUUAUAUCACACCUUCUAGAGGUCACACACGGAACAUAAGCAAGUUCCUAUCUCUUCUGUGCACAGUUGUGUCGCCGUUAUUCAAUCCUGUCAUCUAUAGCCUGAAGAACAAUGAAAUGCAAACAGCAUUGCGAAAAUGUUUUCAGAAGUUUAAUGGGGUUAUUUACUAA